CCGGCAUGAAAUAUCAAAUGCGUCACCGUUUUUACAGCAAAUAAUUAUUUGUAACAGAACACGCAUGAGGUUCAGUGUUCAGACUGUUCAGUCAUCACCACGAUGUCCAGCUACCAGCCGGCUUGCACUGUAUUAUCAAUGAAGAGACAAAGGUAUGUACCGCCAACGGAGAAUCAAUUUUCAUUUUCCCGCGAACAUGCUUCGCAGCGCGUAACCCAGGAAAAAGUAUUAUAAACCCGCGAUUCCGUUCCCGCGGAUUCAGUUCUACGCGAGAUUUCGACGUGGUCGAAUCGGUAUCGCUAUCGCUUUGUCAUUCAACAUUCAAAUCGCUCGCUAAAUGGGGAUUCCGAAGAACAAUAGGAUGUCUACAGCCUCUCACGAUGCUAACGCACGCCGCCUGAAGAUUCGAAUUUCCCGCGCGAGUGAGUCGCGAUCCACUGAGUCAUUCACGACCGUCAGUUUGUAUUCGGAGAUAGCUCUGCCGCUGUGUCGGAACCGCGUGGCCUGAACCUGUGACGGCGUUUUGGAUAAAAUUGUAGGUGUUUGCGAGGAUUUUUAGCAUGGAGCGAUUUGUAGAAGAUAUCUUGAAAAAUCCUACGAUAAUCACCGCGUUUAUAAUCGGUGCUGGUGCGAUUUUAAUGGUGUACAUUUUGAAAUUGUUCAGGAGCGAUAAUGUGAUGCAGGAACACAAGCAGAAACAUGAGAAGUGUUCGGCCACAGCGUCAGAAAAGAAGAAAGACACCGCUCACAGUGGCAAAACAGCCGGCACCAAAAAGAAGACCGCGACAGAGGGGCGUAGAGAUAGACCGACGCGAAGCGACAAACAGGCAUUCGCCCAUUCAUGGCUGCUCACCUCGUUGAAGGGGCACACCGGGUCUAUCUUGGACAUGGAUUUUAGCAACAACGGGAAAUACCUCGCCUCUUGUGCUGACGAAGAUCCAGACCCCGGAGGCGUAACCAGCACGGAGAGCGGCAAUUCCAGCGACUGCAACAAGGAGAACAGUCGUCCUCCAUCCACCCAGCCCAGUCCCAGGCAGAAGGGUCUCUCCAGGAGGCAGAGGAAGAACAGGAAACGAGAGGACGUCCCGCCCCCCGACCCCGCUCUGAAGCAGAAAAAGCAGAAGCCCAAAAAGACUCCAGCUACGGCUCCCACAGACAUGGAGCUCAGGAGGUGUCCUGGUUUAAUGCAAAAUUUCAGGAGUAACGUCACCAUGGCCGUAGUACCCCUGAGGCAGUACGUGAAGUUCACCGCCAACGAACGGAUGUUCGAAGCCCUGCUGCACAAAUACGUUCUCAGCUACGAUCAGCUGGUCUUUAUGGGAUAUCCCAUUCAAAUAACCGUUGAUCAGAACGUUAUGGUGAUGUGGCGCACCCCCAAGAUGCCUAUGAUUACUCCCCUGUAUAACUUCGACGUAAACGCUAGGGAGUUCAUACCUAGGUACGAUCGGUCUAGCGAUAGCGGACAGGGUUCCGGAAGUUCCAGCGACAGCGGGGAGUCUUUCGAUACCGAGGACUCAGUCAGCAGUAGCAGUUCUGAGCAAGAUGCCCAAGUGUAUUACAACCAACACUACGUAGUGAAACCUACAUCUGGACCCUACCUAGAACGAACCUGCAGCCGUUGCAGUAGACUCUUCUACACUACCGACAAGGAAUACAUCACUAUGGAGCGUUGCUGCUACCACUGGGGCAGGUUGCAAAACAUUGUAUCUCCGGGAGUGAAGAAAACGUGCCAGAUGGUAUACACCUGUUGUCAAGCGAAAAGCGGGGCCAAGGGAUGUGCGGAGGCCAGGGUACACGUGUGGAACGGCGUCCGGGAUGGGGUUGAAUCGUUCCACGACAACUACGUGGCGACGAAAGUAAGGAAAAACCCUCCACCAGAAGGCAGCUACGGCGUCUACGCGCUGGACUGUGAAAUGUGCUAUACAGUGCGCGGCUUAGAAUUAACCAAAGUGACAGUGGUAGGCAUCGACGGAAGGCUAGUGUACGAUAUGUACGUGCAACCCGACCUCGAAAUCGUCGACUAUAAUACUAGGUUUUCCGGCAUCACCGCCAAAGACAUGCACCGCGCACAAGCGAAAAAACUCCGCGAAGUGCAGAACGAUCUGAUGGGGUUCAUAAACGCGAACACGAUACUGAUCGGACACGCUCUCGAGAACGAUCUCAGGGCGUUGAGGAUGGUGCACUACCAAAUCGUGGACACCGCCUACACCUUCCCACACUACCAUGGCCUUCCUUACCGCAGGUCCCUCAAGAAUCUAACCUCCAGCAUCUUGAAGAGGCAGAUCCAAGUGAACGGUCACAACAGUUACGAGGAUGCUAGUGCGUGUAUGGAAUUGAUGUUGUGGAAGGUCAGGAAAGAUGACUUACGGACGUCGUGGUCGCACGGUGCGCACCCGGUGAAUUUUUGAAUGCGAAUAAAAGGUCAUUCAUUGGUUCAACUCUUACUCGAGCUUUAUUUAUUGAAACGCUGUUAUCAUUUUUCUCAUUGCGUCAUCACUCAUGCGGUUUCGAUAUAGCCUGCGCACCCAAUGGAUAGGAUGUUGUACCGCAAGUUUGUCCGACAAACGUAUGAGCCUACUGGUAGGCUAAAGUGAAAAAUGCUUCUGACUAGAUUGUAUACUGGGUGACCAAUUAAAUAGAACACCUAAUAAAGGUAUGCAAACCUCGUAAGUCCAUGUUCGGUAUCGUAAGAUAAAUACUUGUUUACCUUUAUCCAACAUGGGCAUACAAAGUUUUAUUAAAAGAAUUAUAUUAUGUUUUGUUUUCUGUAUCACUGAGUACUUUUGAACUACCGGCUUCAAAUAUGCAAAUAUUUUAUGAUGCUACGUGUCUAAUGUUACAUUGUUCGCGCCCCAAUCUCAAAACUCAAGGUAAAAGUUGGUGUAUGGAUAUAAGGGGCUCUUACUUGCGUUCUUAAUGUGCCACUUAGUGCUACCUACGACUGUAGACCAAGAGUGAGACCGAAACGCUGGACUUAGCGGCAAAGUACACAUACAAAAAAAUUAGGGAAAAUCAUUUUUUAUUGUACACUAAACUUUUAUUGGGUGCUUAGGCUAUAUGUGAAUGUAUUACUAAGCGUAAAAGAAAGUUAUGGUUUAAGUGUUCCUUUUUUAUACGUUGACUAGUGAUAUUAUUUUGGAAGAAUCUCAUAUCGGUUUAAGUUUUCUUCGUGUGAUGGAAAAAUUAGGUUAAGUUCGACUCGGAAAUAAAUUCGUCCGACUGUUUACCGGAGCCAAAUGCAAAACAGAAUUUUUAGUUUUGAUUUUUCGUUAUGAUUUUUGAUGACUAACCGUCUUGGUUUGGCUUCUGUAAAACACCAAACUUGCGUUGAUCACAGACAAUAAUGGUUGUAAAGCAAUAUAACUCGCAAAUCCAAGGUCUCGACACAUUUUUAACUGAUUUUAUUCGAUUGAAUUCGUGACCCGUAGGUUAUUAUCAAUUUUACUCUAUUAUUUUCUUCCUACGAUCCUCUUAAUUCGAGGAUAAUCUAUGCCAUACAAAUCUCAGGUCAUGCUUCCAUUUUAUAAUCUCAUAACUUGAACGUUGAGUGCAGAUAAAGUGAAGUUUAUUUUGUAUCACUGGAGCUUGUUGAUAGUUUUGAUAAUUCGAAGCAAUUGGUCAAAUUUGACAGUCAAGCAAAAACUGCUGCAAAGUGUCAAAACUGUGACACAGUUAUUUUAAAGCAGCAUCAAAUUUCUGCAGUUCUGGACUCGAUUGGAACACAGUUAUUUGAAUGCUAAAAUUGUCUAUUUUUUGAUGAAUUUUUUGUAGCAGUUGACAGUUUUCAAUGACAAUAAUUUAUGUUAGCAAUAUAUUUUUGCUAUAUAUCUAUUCAAGAAUUUUAUCUUCUAAAAUCGGUUUAAACUUGUGAAUAGUACCAGGUUUCUCUACCUGAAUGAUCAAAGAACUUUUUCUACAAAAAAAUACAAAUCCGUUUAUGCGGUACCGUAGCAUAACCAAACAUUUUCAUACGUAUUUAAUAUUCAUAAAUAUGGCGCUGAAAGCAGAAGGAACUUUUUCGAGUUCUAGUGGAUAUAGUCGGAGAUGACCAAACAUAGUGAGAGGUUUUGUGCAAGAACUUUUAUGUGAUAAAUACUUUGUUUCUUGUAUUCGGGGCUUUCAAAAGUAUAGAUACGUUUAUUGGUGAUGAACAAUCUGGCAUCAGUAGACUGCGACCCAUCCUGCGAUAUAUUCCUGAGACUAAUACUAUAGCAUGCAUGAAGAUCUGUUUCACUGUAAAAUACUUGAAUCCAAAUUCAAAGAAGUAUGUUAAGCAGCAAAAGGCUCGUGCAUUAUGCCUUUUACUGCAUUACCAGAAUUUUUUAAAUUCGAUUCGAGUAUUUCACAGUGGCAUUGACAGAUUUUCUGUGCUGUCACUAGUUUCACGAAUCGGUUUCGAGAUUCGUCUUUGUCGAAGUAGUCAUUAGUACAGAGUGGAUAGCAAAAAGCGCAGUUACUUAGUUUGAACAGCACUAUGAUAUCAAAACAUUUUAAGGAUUUCCUUAUACUAUCGCUCACCUUGGUGCAGCAUCAAAAGUAUUCAGAAUUUCUAAACACGUGCGUACUUUUACUACUACAAUAUUUCAGUUUUGUCAUUGUUCUCCAAUAAAUUGAUUUUAUCUAUACUUUUUCUAGCUCUUCUAUACGUACUUCUACUAUCUACUCUAUAAACUCUAUCCAUCUAGAUGUAUGUGAAACUAAGGGUCAAUCGCAUCACCAGACUUGAUACUUCUCGUCACUACUAGCCUUACUUAAUUGUUUAAACACCAGAUAAAUGAUUCAUUAUUGUCCUGUAUGUAUGUAAAUAUUUUAUUUGUCAAAUGCUCUCAGAAGUGCCGAAUUAUGAAUUUCGGUGGUAAUUAUCACCGACUCACAUAAGGACUUUGAAGUUUAUUCAACACAUUUUUCUAUCUACAAAUUAACACGUCAUUUACCUGGUGGUUAAAUAUUAUUUUCUCCUCGAGCUUCAGAUUGGUAAACUUAAUUUUACUGUACUUACAAAAUCUGGACUGAGUGUUUCUGUGCUCGUGAAUUCUUAUGGUUGUACUUUCAUCUCACGAACUAUUAUCUUUCCACAUUUUCUGCUAUGUAAACUGGACCCUUUUUGCCUAGGUAGUAUUAUUUUUUCAACUCUGUGUUCAAUUUUUAUUUCACUUUUUAUAUAAAAGUCGACAAAAAAAAUUAUUAUAAAAAAGUGCAGCAGGCAAAAAUGGCUGUGUCAAAUGCAAAUGCAUGGUACGAUUAUUUGUACCAUACUUUUGAAAGUAAAAAUAAAAUAAAACAUUCUUAAAUACCUACA